AUGCCGCGAGAGAUUUACAGAUUUCAUGACAUGGAAUACGAGGAAAUCAACAUGGUUGUCUCCAGUACGGGACCUUAUGAGCCCAAAUUUUCAGGCAGUGUUGGGGUUUCCUGCUUUGAUCCACGCACGAAACGCAAGGGUUACAUGUUUCCGCACGGACUUAAAAUGUUUCUUGAACUCAACAAAGCACAGUUCCAGAUGUACAAGGACAAGCCAAAGUUGUUUUUCACCUUCCAGAAGCAAUAUUCCCAUGACGAUUCCACUAGAUUCAGAGCUGUGGACAAGGAUGUGGCUGAAUACCUCAAAUGGUUCACAUCGAACCCUGAAGUGUAUAAUACCACAGUGCUCAUAAUCACUGACAAGUCCAUGGUCACUGGAGUCUCCAAGGAAGGCCAAACAUUGUUGCAACCAGUGGUCAAGUCAAGAACUUGCAAUGAAGCUGGUGUUCCCACACGUUUGUGUGGCUGCAAAGAAUCUUGGAAAGAACUGGAUGCGUCAGAUUUAAAAACUCUUCCCAAUACAGCCAUGGAUGUGGCAAGCGCAAGUGAAGCUGUACUCGCUUACAUGAGGAAAACUGCUACCACUCCUUUAUUUUCACACGUGGGACUUUCAAGGCCCAAGAGGAUACCCGAAGAACUUCAUUUCCUGUUUCAAAAUCAUGUGCUUUUUGCUUCUGAUCAUCUUCCUAAAGCUAAGAGGAAAAUUCCACGUGAAAUGGGUUACUCUCCAGCAUCAAGUUUUUCCACUUGCAUGGACUGGGGCUUGGAGGAUAUUGAGUUAAUGUCGAUGAGGAGGAUCCAAGCAAGAAAAGACACAGUUGGGUUGCAAUUGACGCUCGGUUUCUCCGCCGGUACUUCCAAUAGCUUCUACGGCGCGCAAUCGCAAGAACGUGGUCCUUCAAAGCUCCAAAAGGUUCCGGAUCUGGUUCUGCCCCAUUCCUCGUAG